CACUCAGACCAAUACCUCGAGGCCUUUCAAGGUUACAUCAGGUGAGUGGCGAGUGAAACCACGCAGGGGCUCACUGAAAGCAACCAUUCUUCAACUCACAAUCAAGAAGUGAGCUAAAAGAAAUCAGCUUGGUUUAUAUUAACUCAUUGGCGCGUCUUUAGACAUUGUCGUUACGAAUUGGAAUAUGCCGAAGUAUUACUGCGACUAUUGUGAUACAUAUCUGACUCAUGAUUCUCCGUCUGUGCGAAAAACCCAUUGUGGGGGGAGAAAUCACAAGGAUAAUGUGAAGGAGUAUUAUCAGAAAUGGUUAGAGGAACAGGUUCAGAGGCUUGUGGACCAUACUUCGGAGGCCUAUAAACAAGGUAAAAUGCCACCUCCAUUGUUUGGUGCUCCGGCAGGAAUGCCCCCUCCAGGACUUGGUUAUCCUCCGAGAUAUCCUCCUAUUAUCGGUGUCCCCGCUGGAUUCAGACCACCUCAUCCCUUAGUCCCUCCACAAGGAAUGAUGCUCCCUCCAAGGCCGCAAGUUCCGUGGCCGCAGCCAGGAGUUGUCAUGCCACCAACCUACGGUGCACCACCACAGUAACCAUGUAGACAUUGACAUUCCAGCCUUAUUGUUUUAAUUAAAAUUGUGACCAUUUAACUUUCAUGCUUUCUGAAAAGUCUUCAUAGUUUUUCACUUUCCCUGAUUACGUGUCGGAAAGACUUAACAAUCUGCUCUUUACAUCUUGAUGGCUAUUGUGGUCCUCACAUAUUUCAAGUUCUUCGAUAAUAUGACUAUCGUUAUAUGCGUUUUUCUCUAUGACUUCUGUUUCAAAAUGGUAAUAAACAUCGUAAAAGGUAACAGAAAAUAUUGCAAGCUUACGCGACAGGCCUAUCAUUGAGACCUCGUUAUUUCUGUUGUCUCUAUGAUCAAAUUAGGUGAAUAAACUAUUUUUACAAAGU